UAGACGUCGUGGCGUACGGACGUGUGGAGUGUCCCGUUCCUUAUCUUAGCCUAUUGGUGAUAGAUAUUUCUUUUUGUUUCGAUUAGGAACAAUUGUAGUGUAGUGUUCUUUUUAUAGUAGGAGGAUAUAUAGGACGGUUUAUUUUUUGUAAUAUAGUUGUAGGCUCCCCGCUCGGAGGGAAAGCAAUGUAGUUGAAGUGUUGAUUUAGUUAAUGUCAGAUUUAGCGGAUAAGAAAAAGAGAAGUGUUAGUUUGAAUGAAAGGGAUUUCGAUGAAUUGUCUAAAAGACUGGUGGAAGCAGAGAAGUUGGGGAUAGGAAAGGAAAAAAAGAUAAAGGUAAAAUUAUAGGAACACCUAAAGGCUGGAAUUAAAAGAUUAUAUACGUCACGCAUUCCGCGGAUGAUCGGUGAGCCAAGUAGCAGUGAAAAACAAGUUGAAAAAGGCAUAAUACAAUGUGAUAAUAUUAGGUCAAAUCGAGGUCAGAUUGAAAGUUUAAAUAACGAAAACAUUGAGAUGGAAGGUAUUGAAGUAACAGUGCCAUCUGGUUUAAACGCCGGUGGGUGCGUUUCUAUGCCACGAGAUAAGGAAGAGAAUGAUAUUAGCGACCAUUCGUAUAGAGAAGCAUUUGGUGUGCGAGAAGGUAAAUUGAUCAAGAUGUCGGUAAUGUCGCAGCAAGACUAUCAGGAUUUCGAGAAGAAUAGAUACGCGGAGGAUCACGUAGGUAAAGCUAACCUUAUUGUUAAGCUUCCAACAGAGUCAACAACGACGAAAAAGGAUGUAGCCACAGGAUAAGCGAAAUAUUUCGUUUCAAAUAUUUCGUUCACG